CGGCUCGGGGUAACAGGGCUGCUGCUUGGCCGGCCGGCGGCGGCGACCAGUGGGGGCAUGAGGGCGAGCCGGGAAAGAGGCAGUUGAGCCGGCGGGGAGGAGCGCCAGUUCCCGAGGAUUCUGAGAGUGCGGAGCUCGGGUCAGGGGCCGGGAGGCGCGGGGAAGCCGGGCCCUUCCCUCAGGAGCGUGUCCUGGAGCCGACCCGGCCCGUAGUGUGGCAGCAGCUUCAGGUGUGUUCGUGGACAGAGAGGCACUAUACUGUACCAGGCUCCCUUUAACUGGAUCUUGGCAGAUGGGAGGUGAGCACGUGAAACAAUAUGAAGAGGAGAAAAUAGCCUUUUAAGGAAAUUGGCCCACAGAAAGGAUGGCCUUCUUGGACAAUCCAACUAUCAUUCUAGCUCAUAUUCGACAGUCACAUGUGACCAGUGAUGACACAGGAAUGUGUGAGAUGGUUCUCAUUGAUCAUGAUGUUGACCUAGAGAAGAUUCAUCCUCCUUCAAUGCCUGGAGACAGUGGGUCAGAAAUUCAGGGAAGCAAUGGUGAGACUCAGGGCUAUGUAUAUGCCCAGUCAGUCGAUAUUACCUCAAGUUGGGACUUUGGUAUUAGAAGACGCUCAAAUACAGCUCAAAGAUUAGAACGACUCCGAAAAGAGAGACAAAACCAGAUCAAAUGCAAAAAUAUUCAGUGGAAAGAAAGAAAUUCUAAGCAAUCAGCCCAGGAGUUAAAGUCACUGUUUGAAAAAAAGUCCCUCAAAGAGAAACCUCCAAGUUCUGGAAAGCAGUCAAUAUUAUCUGUACGGCUAGAGCAGUGCCCUCUGCAGCUGAAUAACCCAUUUAACGAGUAUUCCAAAUUUGAUGGCAAGGGUCAUGUAGGCACAACAGCAACCAAGAAGAUUGACGUCUACCUCCCCCUGCACUCGAGCCAGGAUAGACUGCUGCCAAUGACCGUGGUGACGAUGGCCAGCGCCAGGGUGCAGGACCUGAUCGGGCUCAUCUGCUGGCAGUACACAAGUGAAGGACGGGAGCCGAAGCUCAAUGACAACGUCAGUGCCUACUGCCUGCAUAUUGCUGAGGAUGACGGGGAGGUUGACACAGACUUCCCCCCACUGGACUCCAACGAGCCCAUUCAUAAGUUCGGCUUCAGUACCUUGGCCCUGGUUGAAAAGUAUUCAUCUCCUGGCCUGACAUCCAAAGAGUCACUCUUUGUUCGAAUAAAUGCUGCUCAUGGAUUCUCCCUUAUUCAGGUGGACAACACAAAGGUCACCAUGAAAGAAAUCUUGCUUAAGGCAGUGAAGCGAAGAAAAGGAUCCCAGAAAAUUUCAGGCCCUCAGUACCGCCUGGAGAAGCAGAGCGAGCCCAAUGUCGCCGUGGACCUGGAGAGCACUUUGGAGAGCCAGAGCGCAUGGGAGUUCUGCUUGGUCCGAGAGAACAGUUCAAGGGCAGACGGAGUUUUUGAGGAAGAUUCACAAAUUGACAUAGCUACAGUACAGGAUAUGCUUAGCAGCCACCAUUACAAGUCGUUCAAAGUCAGCAUGAUCCACAGACUACGAUUCACAACCGAUGUCCAGUUAGGUAUCUCUGGAGACAAAGUAGAGAUAGACCCUGUUACGAAUCAGAAAGCCAGCACUAAGUUUUGGAUUAAGCAGAAACCCAUCUCGAUCGAUUCUGACCUGCUCUGUGCCUGUGACCUUGCUGAAGAAAAAAGCCCCAGUCACGCAAUAUUUAAAGUCACGUAUCUAAGCAAUCAUGACUAUAAACACCUCUACUUUGAAUCUGACGCUGCUACUGUCAAUGAAAUCGUGCUCAAGGUUAACUACAUCCUGGAAUCACGAGCAAGCACUGCCCGGGCUGACUAUUUUGCUCAAAAACAAAGAAAACUGAACAGACGUACAAGCUUCAGCUUCCAGAAGGAGAAGAAAUCAGGGCAGCAAUGACACUGGCCUCCAGCCCCAAUCUGUCACCAUAGCUCAGAGCCUGCCUGCCAGGGCCAGGUGGCCCUAGAGCCCACCCUGUGUCCUGCAGUCCUCGGGGGCAGGCCAGUCCCUGGCUCACAGGCACAAGGCCAGGGGGCUCUUGGGGGAAUGGAGCUGGGGACAUCCCCACGGGACUGAAGCCUGAGUGGCAGUGGCUAUGAUGAGCAGUGCCGGGGGCCCGAUGACACAGACGGCACCGCAGCCAUCCUCACUGCCCGACGGCCCUGCCUGAGGCUGUACAUAGCCAUGCCCAGACAUUUCCUUGCAACUUGAUCAAAUUUCUUAAAACAACCGAAGAACAAAAUUGUACAUUUCUUUUUUUUUUCCUUUUAAUAAACAGGUGUACUCUUUA